GUAAAAACUUAUUUAGUCUAUGGCCAACGUGGCGGCCGUGCAGUUGUAGCGUCUAACUAUGGCGUUUUGUGAAAAACACGUAAAUAAUUUUUAAAAGUUAUUAAAUGUCAGUGUAACUUUUAUAAGUUAGAAUUAAUAUGAGUAGAUAUUACGAUUACGGUAACGCGAUAUCAUGUUGACAUGAGAUGGUCGUUCGUCAACAAUGGUUAAAACACGAUCUGCAGCGAGGGUAGGAAGCGCGGCUGCGAAUGCGCCCGCCGAAAAUGGAAACUCUUCCGAACUUAGAUCGCGGCUCAAAACCACUGAGAACGGUCACCGCUCGCAAAGGGCCUACAAUCAAACUAGGAACAAUCAGGCACUGCCAUCGGGUGGCAUGGGGCCGGGCAGCGGGUCGCAGGGCAAAGAUCCUCUGGCGCCCGCUCUGCCUGGCUCGCGCACCCUGUAUCAGCACCCCGCCGUCAGCGGCUAUAACCCACCGGACUCACGCGCUCAGGCUAUGCCUGUCACGGCGCGGCAGAACCCGAUGUACCCGACCAGUAUGUACCACGGCUACGGCGCGAGCGGCGGCAGCACACUGGCGCCGAUGCCGUCGCCCUCACCCACCACGCCGUUGACACCAUUCCCAGUACACCCUGACGUUAAGUUUAAGAAGUUACCGUUUUAUGACGUGCUGGCAGAACUGAUGAAGCCUUCCACGAUGAUGCCGAUGCAAGCCGGCCGCAUGCAGGAGGGCACGUAUAUAUUCCACCUCACGCCACAGCAGGCCACCGAGAUCGCGUCAGGAAAGGAUAUCGUUGGCACCAGCAAUAAACUUGACUAUGUUAUACAGGCACAGCUCAGAUUUUGUCUUCUAGAAACGUCGUGUGAACAAGAGGACCACUUCCCACCUAGUGUUAAUGUUAAAAUUAAUAACAAAAUGUGUCCACUACCAAAUCCAAUACCAACGAACAAGCCAACACCUGAGCCGAAGCGGCCUCCGCGGCCAGUCAACAUAUCGUCCCUGGUGAAGCUGUCUCCGACGGUCGCCAACACGAUCCACGUGACGUGGGGGGCGGACUUCACGCGCGCCUACGUGCUCAGCGUGUUCAUGGUGCGCAAGCUCACCUCGGCUGAACUAUUGCAGCGGCUGAAGAAUAAAGGAACCAAAAAUCCUGAUUAUACCAGAUCACUUAUUAAGGAGAAGUUAUCGGAGGACUACGACAGUGAGAUCGCGACGACGUCGUUGCGUGUGUCGCUGAUGUGUCCACUUGGCAAGAUGCGUAUGUCGUGUCCGUGCCGGCCCGCCAACUGCCCGCACCUGCAGUGCUUCGACGCGUCGCUGUUCCUACAGAUGAACGAGCGGAAACCCACCUGGCUGUGCCCCGUCUGCGACCGACCCGCACCUUACGACUCGCUCGUCGUGGACGGGUACUUCCAGGAGGUGCUAACGUCGCCGCGCCUGUCUAACGACUGCAACGAGAUCCAGCUGCACGCGGACGGCAACUGGUCUGCGCACGCGCCGCCCGCGCGGGCUCCGCAGCAGCAGCAGCCCGCCGCCGAGCCCGUAACACUCAUCUCAGAUGAUCUCGAAGUGAUCCCGGUGGAGGGCGGCGGCGCCAAGCGCGCGGCGGUGGGCGAGGCGCGGGCGGCGCGCGCGGCCGACGUGCUCGUGGACCUCACGUCCGACUCCGACGACGAGCUGCCGCUCCGGCGCAAGGUGCCGCAGCCCAAGCCCACGCCGCCCGCCUCCGAGUCCAGCGUCAAGAGCGACGACAACUACUCCUCCUCCAGCGCGGCGGAGGCGGUGUCGUCGAGCGGCUACCGGUCGCCGGGCGCGCUGGGCGGCGGCGGCGCGGUGAUCUCGCUGGACAGCCCGUCCCCGCCGGCGCCGGGCUCGCCGCCCGCGCUGCCGCACGUGUCCAUCACGCCCGUGCCGCCGCGCGCCGACCGCGCCGAGCGACACGACUCCGCGCCGCUGCUGCCAGGUUCAAGCACAACCGCUGAACGUGAAGACGCUGAAGCUGCGCCUGCGCAUUGGGCGCCGUAUGCUGACUCCGAAAGAGAUGAAAACUAUAGAAACCGAAAUGAAGUGAAUUCAACUAACAGUGAAGAUGGAAGCCGUGACUCCGGACGACCUCGCAGGCGCGCGCGGACGCGAAAGCCCGGACAGGAACCAAGCACCGAGACUCUCGACAAAACUUCAAAUAAUGCACACCCCCAAAGCGCGCAACGCCCAACACCUGAGAUUACCGCCAAUCUGAACCAACAGAGUACUGAUCAGAAGAAAGAACAGCAAUCACCUCCAAUAAGUGCGCCACCAAAGAAACGCCGGGCGUUUUAGAUACUGACUGAGGGAAAAGAGUGGCUGCGCCUCACACACCAGCGGCCAUUCUUCGGAGGAGGAAACGGAGCCCUCAUAUCAGGAAGUGCCGGUUCUGCCGGCGCCCGAGACGCCGUAACACGCCGUCACCUUCCAUACAAAUGACUCUUCAGUACGUCGACUACGUUUAAAGGAAUACAGCUCAAACCAUACCACAUUUGUGUCCGCAUACCAGCGUGACCAGCGUCCCUUGCCAAAGUAAACCGUUUAACGGGACGCAGUGUCUGGUAUAAUUACCGCAGUACGGGAAAGAACUAGUAGCUUGUAUGUCUUUCAGCUGACUUUUUCUACUUAAACAUUCAUCGCCUACUUUUUGUGUUCUAUUUUGUAUAGGUCUCCUAUAAUAUGGGUAUUGUGAUUCAUUGUGAAUAAUGUGCAUUUUGUUCACCAAAAACAUAUGUUAACGUACGUGUUCAAAACUGCAGUGUAAGCUAGCAAGAUCAAAUUAGACAGUUAGGGCCUCGAUUCUGCUGGGUUCACUAAAUUGUGACAUUUCACUUAUAUUUACAUUUCCGAAACAAACAUGUGUAAUAUAAAAUCAUUUUUAUGAGAAGUAGAUUUAAAUAUGUAUGUAUUAACUAAACGUGAUCUGUAUGUUUCUCAAUAAGUCUUUCUAGAAUGAAAAUUAUGUGAUUUAUAUUGUGUGAAUGAGACAAUCAGUCGUUUAGACUUAAUUUUGUAAGAUGGCCUUAGGAUUCAAACAUAAAUGUGCAAGUAUUGUGUGUUAUUUAAGGAACACGUCGUCGAACGACUUACAAUUUGUUUUGUUCAAAUGAGUCGUAACGUUUUGAGAUUAGGUAUCUAUGCAAGCAAUCUGUCGACCGCAUCUACACUCAACACCAAAUGAAAUAAACGCUUGCCAAUCGAUUAAAUUAUAAAACGCCACAUCUUAACACCUCCACACAAACCGCCACGACCGCGGUAUUCCUGAAGCGAGCGCUAGCAGCGUUUAUUUCUGUAUUUAUUUUCUAUUUUAAAGCUUUUAAAGAAGUAAUACUUCGAUUAUAAGUACCUAAUAGUUUACGGUUAGUAAAUAUUAUUUGGUAUGUUAUUAGUGUAAUUUAUUCGUAAUUAAGACAGUCGCGCGUCAUGGGUUAUUUAUCAGUCUCUAGAUAAAAGUCAUGUCCAUUGGGUCAAGAAAAAUAUUUUCUUUUAAGGAAAAAAACAACUUUAUCGAUUUCACAAGCACUCAAAUCACAUGCACAAAUAAUACAUUACAUGAAAAUAUUUUUUGAUCACAGAACUGUUUAUCUCACCCUGAGGUAAAAAACCACGUCAUGUCGCGCUAAGUGCAAAUGGCAUUAUGACCUAUCCCACUCAAAAUGUGUUUCCUAUAGUUUAGUUAAGUAUACCUACUUUCGUCAGGACAAUACAGACGCUUAAUAAAUAAUGACAAGCAUACAGGGCUGGGUAAAAUGGCAACUAUGGCUCAUAAUAUGUUUAGACUAGUCCAGUUUGUUAAACAUUUGAGCCCAACCAACAUGUAGAUGUCCAAGUUAUAAAACAGACUUGUGAGAGUAAAAAGUGAAAAGUAUUACCCAUUUACGAGUCAGCUUAUGUGACAUUUUCCAUCAUCUGAUAUAUUUAUAGUAUUAUGUAUAACACUACUAAAACAUACUUUCGCUACCUAAGCGCUCAAAAUCAUUUCAGCUGGAACAGUGCUUGAAACAAACCAAACAUAUUUUCAAUAUGUAGUAAAUAUUAAAACGGUUUGAUUUGUAGUAUUAAAAAACCUUUUUGUAACAUAAAAGUUGUUACUAAGGACACUUGACUUCUCUUUAGCCAAUGAAAUGUUAAGUUAGUUUAGUUUAUAACUCGAAAGACGGUCUCCGGCUCACGUCCGUGUCUUCGCGAAUAUUGCGCUAUUUUAUUACUGUUGAAUGUCCUGCACCUUGGCAAUGGUGAUGCUCAGUUUAUCGAAGUCAUUACUGCGGAUCUUUACAACGUCCAAUCAUCUUUAAAAUGUACAGUAAAACUAUAAUGAUAGUAUGUGAUAUCUAUUAACUCACAAUAGAUACUUCAUUUACUCACCUUGCCAAGGCUAUAACUAUUGAAAUAAAAAUAUUUUUUUUUACUUGGAGAAUGUUUUAAUUUAUUUAUUUACUAAGCUGUAGUAUAGUAGGUAUGUGUUAUUGUAAUAUAUUGAGGUGAUUGUCGAUACCGUCGACAUUGCGAAACAAAAAUAAUGCUAGAGUAAGUUAUCAUUUAAUAAUAAAUGUAAAUACUGUC